GCGGAGCGGAGCGGGACUCCCCGGUUCUCCCCUCCCCGGCACAGCCCCAGAGCAGCCCGGGGAGCGGGGCCGCCGCCAGCCCGCCGUGCCCAGCCCUGCCCAGCCCUGCCCAGCCCUGCCCAGCCCAGGCUCCUCUCAGGCCUCGGGAAUGUCUUCUGAGCCCACGUCCUCCUCCUCCCAGCAGUGCCCUGCCUCGCCCCCCUCGCCCGGCUCGCUGCACCUGCCCGAGAGCCGCCGGCCCCGCGAGCGCUCGCCCUCGCCCAUGAGGGGCUACCUGAUCCCCAGCCCGCUGCCCACCCGCCGCACCAGGACCUUCUCUGCCACGGUGCGAGCGUCCGAGGGUCCGGUCUACAGAGGGGUCUGCAAGUGCUUCUGCCGCUCCAAGGGCCACGGCUUCAUCACCCCUGCGGAUGGGGGCCCUGACAUCUUCGUGCACAUCUCAGACAUUGAAGGCGAGUACGUUCCCGUGGCGGGCGACGAGGUCACCUACAAGAUGUGCACCAUCCCUCCCAAGAACGAGAAGCUGCAGGCAGUGGAGGUGGUGAUCACUCACCUGGCCCCUGGCACCAAGCACGAGACGUGGUCAGGGCAUGUCAUCAGCUCCUGAGGUGUCCCCUGAACCCCCUGCUGGGCUCUGCUCAACAGCUGGCUGCAGGACCUGGCUGCAGAAUAUUGUGUGUGAGGAAACACUGCAUUGUCAAUAAAGCAGAAGCAGGCCAAAAUUACCAUUUUUUACAGCUGGCCUGAUUUAAAAAAAAAAAAAAGGCAAUUCAAAUGCUAAUGAAAAAAAUCUAGCAUAAUGUGUUUACAAGAAAUGUAUUUAAAGAGACCUAGUUUGUGUGCUUGGUGGAGGAGGGGAGGUUUGGGUUUUCUUUUGUCUUGUGAACUGAUUCCAGGAACUGCCCAGGGGAAGGGGGGAGAGGUUUCAAGCAGAGCUUUCCUAGUGCAGAUGGUCAAGCACAACUCUGAGCCCGGGUGUUGUGUGAGCCCUGUGUUCCCUUGGGCUGCUCUUCUAGAGCUGCAGCACCUUUAUUGCUGAUACCAGUGCCUGAAUGCCUCGGCCUGACAGCCAGAGGUGUUCAUUGCUGAGCUGUUUUCCUCAUGGAAGGAAUUCACAAACAGAGCAGCUGCCACAGGGUGGAACAGCUCCAUCAGGUGGUUGUGCUCCAGUGCCCAUCAGUGCAAAUGGUGUGGCUGCACAGGUGUGGAAACUGUGUUGGACUGGUAAAGCUGGGCAUGUUUGUGAAUUUACUUAGGUGCCUUGGUGGUUGAUUAGCAACAGAUUUUAUAGGCCAGUAUUAAAAAAAAAAAAAGAAGUCCAUCCCAAAUUUAAAUUUGCUUCAAGGUAAGUGGUAGAAAACUGUAGAGUAGUGGAUACUUCAUAGCCUCUGACUGUGGAUUUUGACAAGGCUGAGGAUUUGCCUUCUAGACUGCAUGCAGCUGACUGCCGUGGUGUGCCACAGGGCAGGCAGGACACCUGCACUGCUGCACAGUAGCUGUGUGCUGCCCAGGUGCUGUGCAUUAAAUACUGUGUGAGCUAGAGGCUCAGCUGUCCUGGUGAGGUAGAUUCUGCAUCUGUUUCCCUGGCCAGCUCACUUGGUAGGAUGUGGUAGGGCCACCCUUCCCCAGACUCUUCAUGUAGUUGUAGUGCUACUAAAUUGGUUUUGUUCCUGUUUGCCUUCUGCAUCUUUUUUUUUUUUCAAAUGAAGCAUUCUUCUCUGUUGUGUUCCUAACAGUGGAUUUUUAUUGACUUUGCAAAUAAAAUAAAAUUUAAAAAAGGCACAACUCUUGGUAGUUGUACAGAAGAGUGUAGCUUCAGUUGUGUGUUUGGAGCUUCUCCAAUGGUGCUUGCUGUCAGGACCUGUCCUGAGCCUUUCACAGCAGCUGCUCUGGUCCCAGGUGUGACGUGGGGACAGCACAGGGGUGUGGGGUCAGGAACUGCUGUGCUUAGCUGUACCUGUGUUACACCAUGGUGUGCUGGGGUUUGGGUUUGGUUUUGUUUUUUAUGACCCAUAAGCCUUGGUAGUGGUGGGUUUAUCACUGUGCAGCUUGUUGGAAUAUCACUCCCUGCUUUCUUUACAAUAAAUGCAACCCUUUCAGUGCUGUA